AUGGCCAAGAACACAGGUGACACCCGUUUCAGAAAACUUGAUGUGGAUAACAUCGGACAAAGUACUUUCGAUGAAGAAACUGUCGACGACACCCAUUUAAAUCCUCGUGACGUAGAGAAUCUACUCAAUAGUGGUAGAAAUGAAGAUGCAGUCAAGAUGGUCAUUGAUAAUGCACCUGUAAAUUCCAAAGAUAGCGCUCUCAAGGAUGCAGUCGCUGCUUUAAUACUUCGAGGCAUGUCUCAAAUGCGCAGUACUCAAAUCGACAGUUUCGUUAGCGGUCUCAAUCAGGAGCAGCUCGACAUUCUCAUGAAAUAUAUUUAUCGCGGUUUUCAAAAUCCGGUAGAUAUCACACCUGCUGCUCUUCUUACUUGGCACGAAAAGGUCUUGGCGAAGGGAACCGUCAGCUCAAUUUGCCGUGUUCUGACAGAUAGGCAAGUGGUUUAG